AUGGGGUUCGGGGUACUAGAAGACCACAGCAGUCUUGUGCAUGUUCCAGGAACAGUUUUCCUGGACGAUGAAACUGCACGCAGCGAGGAUGCCGCAGCAGUUGAGGGCUUAAAGCAUGGCAAGGGAAAAGACUCCCACAUCGUCCUGGCACCUCAGCCAUCGGACGAUCCAAACGAUCCCCUCAACUGGCCCAUGUGGAGAAAAGAACUGAUCACGGCCAUCUUAUGUCUGGGGGCUAUGCUGAACGCUGGCACAAAUGGACCACUGCUCAACGCAUCCUACUCUGCCAUCGCCACGACCCUCAACCGCCCGCUCACCUCGGUCGUGCUCGUCUCAGGCUACAACCUCCUGGCGGCCGGCUGCAUCGGCCCCUUCGUCUGCGCCUUCAGCAGGAAGUACGGAAAGCGACCCGUCUUCCUCGUGUCGACGCUCCUGGACAUCGUCGGCACCGCGGUGGGCGAGGCACAGAUCAGCUACCGCUACCUGCUCGCGGCCCGCAUCAUCCAGGGCUUCUCGACGAGCGCCUUUGAGAGCCUGAUCGUGGCCACGGUGGGCGACAUGUACUUUGUGCACCAGCGCGGCCUGCGCGUCUCGCUCAUCAACUUUGUGCUCAACUCGGCCUCGAGCCUGGCGUCCAUCAUCUGCGGGCAGGUCUUUGCCGACCUGGGCUGGUUGUGGCUGUUCCACCUGUUUCAGAUUUUCUUGGUGCUUCAGUUCGUGGCCAUGUUCUUGUUUUGUCCGGAGACGACGUAUGUUCGUGAGACGAGGUACGAUGUGGACCUUGACAAGGGUGACACUACAGCGACAGCACCACCGCCAGUCGGUACGGCCCAUCCAGGGAGGGAGAAGGAAGAUGAUGUCGCAGCGGUUGUGCAUCAUGAUGGCGAUGAUGAAAAAGCAGCAGCCGCACCGAGGGAGGUCGCUCUUCCUCCACCUCCACCACCCAAGAAGAAGAUAUUCGUCGAGUCUCUUGCCGUCUUCACAGGCGUGUAUUCCAGGGACAAUACCUUCAAGUUUCUCCUGGGCCCACUGCUCACGCUGCUGAACCCUGCUGCCUGCUACGCAAUCAUCACGUCAGGCCUGCUCAACAGCUGGUACGUAGGCUCGGCCAUCAUCUUGUCCGGCGUCUUCUCGGGACCACCUUGGAACUUUGGCCCUGCGCAGGUCGGCUAUAUCGGUGCGGGGCCGUUCAUCGGCGGCAUGAUAGGGUCGAUUAUUGUUGGCUGGGGGAGCGAUCCUGUUGUGAAGUGGAUGGCCAAGAAAAACUCGGGUGUAUAUGAGCCCGAAUUUCGUCUCGUCUUCAUGUUAUUUGCGAUGAUCAUGUGCGGACUAGGAAUGUUUCUGUUCGGCUACGCCAUGGAAAUCGGCGCCGCUGCCGAGCUGUGUGCGUUCCUGCAGGGCGUAAUGAUGGUCGGAGUGCUCAUCGGUAUCUUUUCGACCCUCUCGUAUGCCCUCGAUGCAUUUCGGAGCCAGAGCAACGAGAUGUUUAUCAUGAACAUGUUCUUCAAGAACUUUAUGUUUUAUGGGCUGUCGAACUUUGCGAAUGACUGGGUUGCUGCCAAGGGACCAGAACAGAUCAUGUAUGUGUUUGGUGGGACGUCCAUCUUUUUGUGCUUGUUGGGUCUGCCCGUGUACGUAUAUGGAAAACGCCUGCGGAGUUGGUGGGCGCGUCAUGAUCUGUUUGUGACAUUGAAGAUGGAGACGACGGGGCCGGUCCAGCAGAUGGGUUGAUUGAUCCACGAGUAUGCAGCAGCGCUCUGUCGUUUGGACUGUAUGGUCAGAUCGGUCGACGUCGUUGUUUGACGCUUUCGCUACUUCGUUGUGACCAUUAUCGUCUCGUGAUAGUCUGAGGUGCUCUGUGAUGAAGAAGAAGGAUAAUCAAACCUCCCUCCUCUGCGC